UAGAACAAACGCUUGCGAAAAAGUGGCAGCAGUACCAAGCAGCGAGAAGUCAUUUUUCGUUGUACAAUAUUUUUUUGUGUUUUUCGGUGCAUUUUUGCGGAAAUUUUCUGCAAUUUGCAUUGGGUACCAGCGGUAAACGGCGGUUUCCCACUUCGAUCUUAUUUGUACAUUUACACGAAGCAGAAAGAUGAGUUCCGAGGAAAACACUGAACCUACAGUCGCAGAGCCAACUGUCGCUGAAACAAAUGAAGAGGAGCAGCAGCAAUCGGUUAGCGAGCUCGAGAAACAGGAGGAAGCAAAAAUGAAGGCCAAAUAUGGUGGCAAUGUGGGCCUCGGAGGUCCACGCGGCCUAGGAGGUCAUUCGGCAUUUUUGCAGAAACGACUUCAGAAAGGGCAGAAAUAUUUCGACUCAGGUGAUUAUCAAAUGGCGAAGCAAAAGGGCGGUGGCGUAAAGCAGGUGUUUGCCAACAAAGUGCCCACCGGUGAAGCGAUUCCGACGCCGGAAACCGUGCCAGUGAGAAAAACCUCGAUAAUCCAGACCUGUAACAAAUUUCAAAACAGUUAAGUGAAAUCAGCUUCACUAUCCUCAUCAUAUACUAAAUUGCCCCCCUAUCUCCCCGAUGAGCCCGAGUUCCCCGUGCUCGUAUCGUAUAAUUUUUAAGUUCUCCUCUUAUUUUGCUGUGUGGGUAAUAUAUUUUAAAGAAGUCGUAGCUGCGAGCCUCUGAAAGAAGAAAAAGUACGAAUAGUUUGCAACCCGUAUGUGGUGUUGCCCAAUUUGGCCAUGUUUUCGGUCGCUCCCGUGUCUUUAGAAUUACGUUUUUUAAUCACUCAAAACUGUUCGUUAAUCUUGAUACCAUCUCUCGCUUAUACAUCAAGUAAUAUUCAUAAAUUAAAAUGCAUUAUUUCAAACUUAAAGUGUAGGAAUUAAUAAAUAAAAAAAUGGUAUAGGUUUUUUCGUUAAGGCAACCGAUUAGAGUUUAUGGACAACCUGACCUGAGAAAAGUGUCUGUUGAAUAGAAGAGAAAUUCCGUUGCACAGCCGUGGAUAAAAUGGUCUUGGAAUGGGUUCGAUGCCACUUAGAGCUGCAUAGAGCAAAAGUCUAUCGCUAGCGUUACUUUAAUCAGUGGGAUCGAACCGGUGGUUUUUCUGUGCAUACAGGUGCUGCUUCAUCGUCCAUUUAUGUACAUGUGAAUAAAUUUUAAAUGCUA